AUGGUCAAGUUCUCCACUCUCGCCCUCGGGCUUCUCGCCAUCGCCGGCGAAGUCUGCGCACAGAAUAAAGUAAAGGUCAUGCCCUUUGGCGCUUCCAUUGUUUCGCGAUGCUGGCGCGCCAAUCUCCAGACUAGUCUUAGAGCUGGUGGUGUUACGAAUUUCGACUUCGUUGGUAGUCAGAAGAGCAAUUGCGCUGGUACCGACAUCGAUCAAGACCACGAAGGUCACCCUGGAAAACAGGCCGCUGAAUUCGUAGCAAAGGGUAACCUUACUGUCUGGCUCAACAAAAACCCCCCGGAUGUCAUUAUCAUGCUACUCGGUACCAACGACGUCAUCAUCGGAAAGAGGUCUGUCAACGACAUUCUCGCCUCGUACGACAUCUUAAUCGGACAAAUGCGCAAGAAGAACCCCAAUAUGCAGAUCGUCUUCUCUAACCUACUGCCUCUGGACCCAGCGAAGUGGCCUGCGUCUGACGUACAAGGAAUCAAGGACAUCAACACUGCCAUAGCCACCUAUGCGCCGAAGAAGAGCACCAUGAAGAGCCCGGUGUACUUUGUAGACAACUUUAAGGGCUUCGAUCCCGUCAAGGAUGCCGAUUCGGACGGCGAGCAUCCCAACCUGACUACGGGUGUGGAGAAGAUGGCAGCCAAGUUCCUUGACCCUACCAAGACGGCGAUAAGGGCAGCAGCUGCAUUGAAGGCGAAGAGGGUCAAGAGGGCUGAUAGGAUGUUGAACUUGUCUGAAUGA